AUGCACCGGACCUCUGCACAGGAUGACGGGUUGCAGACGGUGCGGUCGCUCCUCCGCCCGCAACCUCUGAGCGGCCACUCGACCAGCAGUGACACCCGUUCGCACGACUUGACGACCGCAUGGACGUCACCUUCUGCUGGUCAUACUCACUACCGCUCUAGUGCGUCUACGGACGUGGACGGUCGAGUCGAAGUCCAUCUGGGGGCCUUCGGUGCCGUCGGGAAGAUGACAGCCGAGACGGUCGACUAUUUACUGCACGUGCUGGAAGAUAGAAAACAAGAGCUGCUCGUGCGUAGCGGUGACCGUCCACUUCGUGUGGGGUGGCGUGAUCACGUCGAUACAGGCGCUGUGGACGUGUCACAAAAGGUACGGACUUUGCCAGCGUCCGAAGCCGCGCGUGUUCAGCUCAACUGCUCGACCGAGGAAGAUGAUAAUGAAGCUGACGAUGAUCACGUUGCGGGGCUCGUUCGGUCGCACUCGUACGAAGCGUUGGUGCAAUUGGAGGGAAUCCUCGAGGCACGACACCAUCGGAUCAUGAACGACGGGUUGUUGGAGUCUCUGCCGGCCGAUAUCAGCUGA